AUGAUGGAUGACGACGAUUUUGACGAUGAUUUCGACCCGCGCGGCCACAGCAUGCAAGAGCUUGGGAACGACGGGCCACUCGACUUUGAUGAUUCCUUCGAUGAUGGUCACCCCAUCGACGGUCAAUUCGAUGACUCCGAUAUUGAUGGCGAGGAACUGGAGGAAGAAGUCGAGGAUCAAUUCGACGACGAAGACCCCGACCAUGAGAUGCACGAUCGAGAAAAAUCACCCUCCCCCUUACCACCCAACCUGCGUGAAAUCUCAUCGCUCGCUUCCUGGACCGUCUCCACCUCCAAGCCGGGCUGCGGCGUCGUGGCCCUCCGCAACCCUUCCCCGGCCCAAUACUGGCAAUCCGACGGACCACAACCGCACACAUUAACCCUCCAUUUCUUCAAAAUGGUAGCCAUCGUACGUAUCCGCGUCUAUCUCGAUUUCGAGCUCGACGAAAGCUACACGCCCACGAAGAUGAUUUUCGCAGCCGGGAUGGGCGGCAACGACCUCGUCGAGUUCGCAACUUGGGAAGGCGACGGACCAUGCGGCUGGGUUGAUGUGCCACUGGACGGCGUCGGGGGUAGAAACGGUGGGUGGGUGCGUAAUGAGCCUGGGAAGUCGAAACGCCGAUCUACGAGUAUGCGUCGACGGACAAUUGUGUACCGGAACUGUGACGACCCUGACCAUGAACAUGACGAUGAGUGUGAUCCGUUUUAUGAAGUUGAUGAACCUGAUAGUCAGGAUGAUGAGGAUGAUCCCUAUUCUGGGAAUGUGCUGAAGGCUAUGGUUGUCCAGAUGCGCAUUAUGGAGAACCAUCAGAACGGAAAGGAUACUCAUGUUCGUGGAUUCCAGGUGUUUGCUUGUGAUGAUAGUCGUCGUCGGAUGGCCGCUGCUCCCUCGGCUUCUGCUGAUCCUCGGCGCCGUCGUCCGUCCCUGCGUGGGGCUCAUGACCUUCGGGGACGUACUGCAAGUGAAGAUGCUGAUACUGGAUUCACUACUACCGGUUUAGACGAGCCAGAUUGGAUGGGUGAGCCAGUGAUUCGAUAA